AUCAGUCAUUUUUUUUAUGAACUUUGAUAAGAUUGUGAUGGUUUUAAAUAAUCAAAAUUUGGUAACUAAAUAUGGUACAAUGAAAAUAAUAUCAAUUUCAAAUGGUAAAAUUAACGAAGGAAUUAUUAACUGGAUGAACUCUUGACCACAGAAGAAAAUGAGUUGAAAUGAAGAAAGUUUAUAACCCUACUACUGAUAUCCAAAAAAAGGAGAGCCAAGAGCUUUCAAAAAAGUUAUAUCGGACAAUAAGUGAACAAGCAAAAUUACUGGACGAUGCUCGCAGCCGUGUACGCAACAUUUCCGACCUAUUUACUCCUGUGCUUCUGUCGCAACGCAGAAAAUUCUGCGACUAUUGCGAUCGGCUGAUUUUUUCUGACCCGCUCCUCUACGGCCGCAGAGGCGAAGAAUUACUAUGGCGCAAAGGCUUUUACGAGGCAAUAACCACUGCGAAAAAACUGAAAAAGCAAGAAUUUUCCGUCGAAGAGAAAUCCAGUAUAGAAGCUCACAUUUAUGCAGGAAUUGGCUUCUACCAUCACAUGCUCUCGAAACUUAACUUUCAGUUUAACAUCCCACUAAAUAAUAUAGUUGAUUGUGAAAUGAUCUUAGAACCAGAAAAUAAUGCAGAACAAUCUGUGAGUUUGGAAUUAGAAGAAUGGGCCAAGCAAUCUAUUCAUCAAUGUCUUAUCUACUUGGGUGAUUUGAGCCGUUACAAAUUUGAAUUAAAACCAAAUAAUGAGCCUGUCAUGGCAGCCAGAUAUUAUUUGCAAGCAGUAUCUUUUAAACCAGACUAUGGGAUGCCUCAUAACCAAAUGGGCACUUUAGCAAUGAAUCAGAAUUACUUUUUAGAAGCAGUUUAUCAUUAUUUAAGAUGCCUGGCCUGCAAAUUUCCUUUUGAAGGAACAGCAAAUAAUUUGCAAAGUUUAUUUGAGAAAAAUUCUAAAUAUAUUGAAGGGUUACCGCACGUUGAUGAAGAGGCUGACUCAAUUAUUGAACCAGAAAAAUCUGAUCAUAUUAAACAGUUUAUUGCUAGGUUUUUGUUAUUAAUAGAUAUCUGGUACUUUGACAAAAAAGUUCCAAACGUUUACGCCCUUUGUCAUCAAACUUAUAAAAAUUUAGAAGAUUGUCUGGCUUACACCAAACCUACAGCUAGUGAAUCAGGAGAUUCGCCAACAACUGAUAUUGAGCUAAGUGAAGGCGAGCCUUCAUUUUUGAGUGGGCAAAUGAUUUUCAGAGUUGUUAUGAUCUGUUUGCUUACUAUAGCCAAAUUGCAAACCACCAAUUCUCCCCCAUUAUCUACGUUGAUUGCUUUUACUUUAAGUAUUUAUUCGCAAAUUAUUAAAAAACUGUCCAAUCAUAUUGAGGAAGCUGUUUUGAAAUAUCCCCUUUCUCAUGAACAUAAGAAAUCUUAUGGAGUUUUAAAUGAAAUUAUUAAUUUGGGAAAGAAGAAAUCAAAACUAAAUCUGCGCAGAAGAAAAGCGCUCAAGAUUGCCAACAAUGAAGACUCAGAUUUGAGUGAAAAUGAUCAUGAAUCUGAUUACAGCAGUUCGGACGAUUCAUUUAUUUCAGAUAUAGAGGAUGUUUUAGUUGAUUCUUCAGAUGAGGAACUAGAUAUUAUUAAAGUGUCUGACGAAUCCAUUGCUGAAAAAUCCAAACAUAGCAUCCCAAAUGGUAUAAAACAUAAGGAACACAAAAGUCAAAUGGGAGAACCCAAAAAUAAGGAAUCUAUCUACAAAAAAGUCCAAAAAAUGGAUGUCAAUGUUAUGUUGGAAAUAAUUAAUGAAGAAGGGCUGCUACAAAGUAUUAGAGUUGUCAACGAUUGGCUAAAAUCAGACCAGGAAAUUAUAAAAUCUUGUGCCACCAAUACUAAAACUUUAAUCAGACAAAUGAUGCGCCUUGCUAAUUUGAUUAAUUUAAAUUUAAGCAAUUUUAAAGCUUUGAAUAUAAAUUACAAGGUUUUAGAUAUAAUUAACAACGAAAACAAAAUCCCAUUAGCUGAAGAUAUUAUUCUUAAAGGCAUCAGUACAUUCAAAGACGCUCAAAGUAACUACGAUUGGAAUUUUUUACUGAAAAAGCAAGUUACUAGCAGAGAGGAGGCAAUUAUUAGAAUUAUAAAAAUUCUUUCUUUUGGCAAAAUAUUGACAAACAUCGAAGAAACUGGCAUUAGUUAUAAUGAAGACAAAAAUAUUUUCACUUGCAACUUUGAGGAUGAUAAAACUGUGGAUGACAAUGGUGUUUCGGCUGCUGCUGUUAUGGAAGAAUUGGAACGUCAAGAAACAAAUUCCACUCCAUCAAAAAUGACCAACGGCGAAUCGAAAACCGAAAACGGAUUGAGCCACCUCAACAAAAUGAAGCAAAUGGGUCAGUUGUGGUUGGCCGCCGAAGUUCGCGCAUUGGAAAUCAAAGUUGGACGCGCCAAAGUUAUACUCUCCCCUUAUUUAGUACUUGACACCGAUGCUCUUGUAAAACAUACUCACAUGGUAAAGCAGCUGGUUUUUUCUAGACAAUUUAUAUUGCUGGUCCCAGAAACAGUUAUAUCUGCUUUGGACGACCUUAAAAAAGAAAAAAUCGAAGCCAGACAAGUAAUCCGUUGGCUCGAAAUUCAAUUUCAACGCGGCAACCGAUUUUUCCGCCCCCAAAGACCCCACGAACGUUUACCCAUCCCCUUCGUAAAGUACCCGAAAAAGAAAGACAAAGAAAUGCACACCUACAUCCAGCUCAUCGAAUGUUGUCAUUAUUUUGCUGAUCAGCAAAAAAGCACCUUGAACAUGGUCACUUGUUUGAUUGGCGCCAAUCGGUCAGCCCUACUGCUCUCAAACGGCGAAAAUAAAGAUUUCAGUUACGCUGGACUGGCUAACUCGGUUGGAAUCACAUUAGAAUCGAUCACUAGUUUUUAUGGCAAAUGGAAAAAGAGUAAAGGAAAUAAUAGGUGAGGUAAAAGAGUAUCCGUCGUUUGGGACUUCGGCUAUAUAUCCAAUCCAAUAACAACAUACAAAAGGACAAGAUUAAGCGCUCUUGGAUGAUGGUCAUUUAACUACUGUGAGAACCAUGGAUCUUAUUCAAGACGUCCAGCUGUUGAUUUAAAAAUAACGUCCGUUAUAAUAAUCAUUAUUACGUUAUAUUAUUUUGGUAUCAUUAUAUUAUAACCAUUAUUUGCUUUUAUAGUGUGUGAUUUUUUUCUCUUAAUAAAGAAAUAUACAUUAUUCAAAUAGC